AUGCCUAAACGGAGGGUUACGUGGGGUGGAAAACUGACAUCACCAGCCUUCCACCAUGCUGGAUUGUCUGAGCUAAGCUUUGCUGAGCCUUUUCUCAAAAAGAGAAAAGCUGAUAUGUAUGUCUUGACAGAGCAGAAUGAGGGUAAGUAAGCAUAGUAAAAAUAUACUAAAUGUCAGUGGUAGCUUUUAUUCUUCUUUACAGUAUGCUAUAUUUUGCCAUACUGGCGCAUAAAUCAUGUUCAAUAGCUUUUUUUUUCUGUUUGUGUAUUCACAGAUGGCGAUGAGUUAGAUUCUACCUUUGACAUGGAGAUGAAUCAGAGCAGUGUGACUGCAUAGUUUUGCAGAAAGGUGAACAUGGACUAUUGCCAUCUUAUCGUUAUGCCACAGUACCUUCUUGUUGUCCUUCAUACUCAUGUUCCUGCAUUCUCUUCUUUUCUAGUGAAUUUUUAACUCCAAACCAGCUGAACAAAUUGUCUGAGAAGGUGUCCCGUCUGGAGAUCCAGCUGGAAAAUGAGGCUCAGCAGAUGCAGGAGGCCAUGGAGGAAGUGGAGACUUUCGAGAGGAGGGUCGCCGAACUGGAGAUGCAGCUAGAGGAGAAGUUGCAAAUGCCCACUGAUGCACAGCUGGAAAACGAAGUUCAGCAGAACCAGGAGGCCAUGGUAAAGGUGGUUGCUGAACUGGAGAAGAUGCUAGAGGAAAAGUCUCACAUUUCCACUGAAUCACGGGAGCAGGUUGGCGAUCACCAAUGCCUUCUCACUGGUUUAUCAUGCAGAAUGUCGGAAAUCAUUUAAUCUGAAUGCAAAAAUGGUGCAAAUGUCCUACUUUACAGAUGAAAAGGGGAUUUGAGGAGACUAUUCAACUCUGUGAGACGUUGGUUCUGAGAAGGUAUGUAGCUAUUAUUAUAUUUUUAUUGAAUUCUGUCACCUCACCAUGCGGUCGGUCAACAGGAAAUGGUUGCUGCUGAGUGUGACUAUCUCAAGCAGGAGUUCAACAUUCUAAUGGAAUGGACUGAAAACUUAAAGAAAGAAAAGGCUGCACUUCUUCAAGAAUUGGAGAAGAAAGAACAGAUAUAGCCCCUGGUUCACCCCAGACUUGACUGCCCUUGACCAGCACAAAAACAUCCUGUGGCGUACUGCAUUAGCAUCGAACAGCCCCCGCGAUAUGCAACUUUUCAGGGAAGUCAGGAACCAAUAUACACAAUCAGUUAGUAAAGCAAAGGAUAGCUUUUUCAAACAGAAAUUUGCGUCCUGUAGCACUAACUCCAAUAAAAAGGUUUUGGGACACUGUAAAGUCCAUGGAGAAUAAGAGCACCUCCUCCCAACUGCCCACUGCACUGAGGCUAGGAAACACUGUCACCACCGAUAAAUGUACGAUAAUCGAGAAUUUCAAUAAGCAUUUUGCUACGGCUGGCCAUGCUUUCCACCUGGCUACCCCUACCCCGGCCACCAGCUCUACACCCUCCGCUGCAACUUGCCCAUGCAGGUAGAAUCACUACUCUCGGCGGGUCUGACUUAGAAUAUGUGGAAACUACAAAUACCUAGGUGUCUGGUUAGACCGUAAACUCUCCUUCCAGACUCACAUUAAGCAUCUCCAAUCCAAAGUUAAAUCUAGAAUCGGCUUCCUGUUUCGCAACAAAGCCUCCUUCACUCAUGCUACUAAACAUGCCCUCGUAAAACGGACUAUCCUACUGAUCCUUGACUUCGGCGAUGUCAUUUACAAAAUAGCUUCCAACGCUCAACUCAGCAAAUUGGAUGUAUUCUAUCACAGUACCAUCUGUUUUGUCACCAAAGCCCCAUAUACUACCCACCAUUGUGACCUGUAUGCUUUCAUUGGCUGGCCCUCACUACAUAUUUGUCGCCAAACCCACUGGCUCCAGGUCAUCUAUAAAUCACUUCUUGGCAAAUCCCCGCCUUAUCUUAGCUCAUUGGUCACCAUAGCAACACCCAUCCGUAGUAUGCGCUCCAGCAGGUAUAUCUCACUGGUCAUCCCCAAAGCCAACACCUUUGUCCGCCAUUCCUUCCAGUUCUCUGCUGCAAAUGACUGGAACGAACUACAAAAAUCUCUGAAGCUGGAGACACUUAUCUCCCUCACUAACUUUAAGCAUCAGUUGUCAGAGCAGCUUACCGAUCACUGUACCUGUACACAGCCCAUCUGUAAUUAGCCCACCCAACUACCUCAUCCCCAUAUUGUUAUUUACAUUGUUAUUUAUUUUGCUCAUUUGCACCCCAGUAUCUCUAUUUGCACAUCAUCUUCUGCACAUCUAUCACUCCAGUGUUAAUACUAAAUUGUGUAAGUCGCUCUGGAUAAGAGUGUCUGCUAAAUGAUGUAAAUGUAAUUAUUUUGCACUAUGGCAUAUUUAUUGCCUUACCUCCAUAACUUACUACAUUUGCACACACUGUAUAUAGAUUUUCUAUUGUGUUAUUGACUGUACGUUUUUGUUUAUUCCAUAUGUAACUCUGUGUUGUUGUUUUUAUCGCACUGCUUUGCUUUAUCUUGGCCAGGUCGCAGUUAACCUGGUUAAAUAAAGGUGAAAUAAAAAUAAAAUAAAAUAAAAAGAGAUGGAUGAGUUCAAUUCUCUGGAAGAGGAGAGCAAAAUAGAAUAUGAGGUAAUACAGACUGCUGCGUAGAUUGCCUAGAUAUGUCAAAAGAUAUAUAACCAACUUAUUUCAAUGUAGAAGUUAAGCAAAUUGGAAUGUACUAUGUAUGGCAUAAGACAAUUGCAAGUCCAUGAAUGUCAUGGGGACUUACUAUAAGUCAUUAAAAUGACUUGCACUUUGGAAAUGCUCCCUUGUUGGUUUGUGCUUGUAACCUUUUGUAUAACUCUUGGUCCAACAAGUGAAGCAGCUGCGACGCUCUCUGGAUGAUGCUGAGGGGCUGAGCACUAAGAAGGAGUGGGCCCACCUGCACAGUGAAAAGAUCUCACUCAAAGAGAGGGAUGCAUGUGUCUUCUUCCUCAGUGUCAGUUUGCAGCCUGUAUUUAAAUGCAAACUGCACUCAAUGGAUUGACAAUUAUCAUGUUGUAUUGGCCUUAAUUCUGUGCUCUGGCCUUGCUUUCAGGUCACACUAACUGCUGGCUAUGAGAGGAUGGAAGCUGAGGUGAAUGGCCUUCACUAUCAGUUUGAGACAGAGAAAUCUUGCUUCAAAAAGAUGCAGGUUGACCUUCAGAGGGAGUUACAGGGAGCCUUUGAAGAGAACACCAAGCUUACUACUCUCCUGGAUGAAAAAGUUUCCAAAAGUAUGUAGCUAGUGUUGGUUGUCUUUUGUAUAGUAUUUCCUCUCUUCUCCAGCCUCUUGUUUAUUUUCUAUGUAGUUAUUGAAUUAGUUAUCUAACAUGGGGUCUCCUCUUUUUGCUUAGAUCUCAUAGACCGCAUUGAACUUGAGAAAAAAGUUGCUGGCCUGAAGAAAGAGCUGGAGAAGUCUCAUGAAGAUGAGAGAACCCUACAAGCUAAGAUCGAGGAUUUGCGUGCACUGCAGGAUCUUCCAGAUAAAGUGGACAGUUUGAUGAAGCAGGUAAACCCGUUGUUUUGUUACAAUGUAAAGCAACAGAGACUUGUCUUUUAAGAGAAGUAACUUUUAAUUAAUCUCCUCUUCUUUGGCUGUUCAGGUAUGUGAUCUCAAUGAGGAGCUGUGUGCAGUCCAAAUAGAGAGAGAGAGCCUGGUGUCUGCUAAGGCCUGCAGUAAGGAGGAAGCUCAACAACUCAGAGAAAAUGUCCAGAGUGCCCAGGAGCAGCUAGUCAAACUGCAAGAUGACCUGAGCAAAGCAGAGUUGAGGGAAAAAGACCUAACCCAUCAGUGCACCAACAUCACUGAACAAAAGGAGACUCUCCGUAAGGACUUGGUGCGCUCCUCUGUGGAGAACAGUCGGCUUCUUACUACUGUGGAAUAGUCCAGCCUGAGAGUAAGUUGGUCCUUGAAUUUGUUUAUUUGUUGAAUCUUCUGUAAGGCUGUCCACCAACAAUGUAUUUUUUUGAUUUAGCUGAAGGAGAUUGAUGAUCGUCGGGCAUUAAUUGAAGAUAAAUUGUGUGGAAUGCAACAAGUCAUGAAAGACUUGAAGGAGAAGCUUGCUGACAGUGAAUCAUCCAAGGAACAAAAUGACAAUCUGUCCCAAGAACACCAAGAUCAGGUGCAGUGCCUCUCAAAACAACUAACUUCAGCCGUCUCUCUACAGUAGGUAUUUACAGUAAUUAAUUUGGUUAAUUUGUUCUUAAGAUAAGGCAGCUGAGUGAGGAGCUUGAGUCUGUGUGAGCUGAGCGAGAGAGUCUCCUGUCUGAGAAGACAGACAGUUCUCAGAAUCAUGCAGGGGAGUUGGAGAAUCUGCUCUCUACUGUGACCUCACUGACUGAAGAGAGAGACCAGCUCCAGGAGAUACUGUGGGGAGUCAGAGAUGAGAGGAACCAGCUCAAGAGAGACCUGGGGGAGAAUGUGGAGAUGGUGAGUGAUUAAUCGAUUAAACACAAUAUUUAGAAAAUGCACGCACUGAUAAUUGCAAUUAGAAUAAGCUUCUUUUUUUUUCUACAAAUGUACCUUUCAUCAUUUUGCAGAUUAUUGAAAACCAGGAGGAGCUAAGGGUGGCCCUUGAAAAGAUUCACCAUCAAGAGGAAAAUAUAAAACAUAUGGAUAUGCCCAUCUAGUUGAACUGCAAAGUCAGGUAAAAUGUGCUUUUACUUUACGACUGAAUUGAUUGUCACAUCAAUUGAGGAAUAGAUUAUAAUAUAAAUGCUAACCAUACUGUUCAGAUGAAGCAGCUGAAUGAGGAGCUUGAGUCGGUGCGAGCUGAGCGAGAGAGUCUCCUGUCUGAGAAGACAGACAGCCCUCAGAAUCAUGCAGAGGAGUUGGAGAAUCUGCUCUCUACUGUGACCUCACUGACUGAAGAGAGAGACCAGCUCCAGGAGAUACUGUGGGGAGUCAGAGAAGAGAGGAACCAGCUCAAAAGAGACCUGGAGGAGAAUGUGGAGAUGGUGAGUUGGAGUUAAAAAUUCUCUAAAAUCACGUUGUUCAGAAACCAUUAUUAUUAUUUAUUUGGUCCAUGAAUAUAAUGUGAUAUCUUUAACCAGUCCAUCAAAGUCCAGGAGGAGCUGAAACAGCAGCAACAUCUCAACUCUAAACAGCAGGCUGAGACAGAACAAGAAACAGCCCAACUUCAGCAACAAGUCAGUAAUAGCUUCAACUCAUCCAGGUGAUGGUGUUUCAUAGUUGCUUGUUUUGAUCAUUGUAUGUUGUUUCACCUUGUUCAGAUACAGCAGCUAGAGGAGGAACACGCACACAUGAAAGAUGAGAGCCCAGCUUCAAAGAGACCUGCAGGAAAAUAUGGAGAUGGUGAGGCCUGUAUUAGUUUUAAAAUGUGCAGUUUUAUAUAUUAAUUAUUAUUUUGAUGUGGUCUAAAGUGAAAUCUCCCCCCCAGGUCAUACAGGUCCAGAGGAUAUUAGAACAGCAGCAACAUCUGAACACAGAACAGCAGGCUGAGAGAGAACAACACAAGGCCCUACUUAAACAACAAGUAAGUCAUAGUUAAACCAUAUACCAGUACAUAGCUGGUGGCGUUAGGCUAUUGGUGAAAUAUAUUUUAAUUCCUUGAACAUUGUUUUGCAGGUCCAGCAUCUUGAAGAGCAGUUGGAGACAGUGAAAGAUGAUAGGAGCCCGGUCAAGAGCAGCCUUCAGGACAAUAUGGACAUGGUGAGAGUGUGUGUGACUGUUCUGAACUCAGAGAAGCAGAGUCAUAAUGUGAGAGAACCAAGAUCAGAAUGUUUUGGUACAAGUGGUUUUGGCUAAAAUGACUUUAAAUGUUCCCUUUGCAUUGCCCUCAGAUGAAGCAGCUGAAAGAAGAAUUGCAAGGUUUCAAAGAAGGACAGUCUCAUUUCGAAGUCGAAGCAGAAACCUCACAAGGUUUAUGUUUCAUUGUACAUGCGGAUAACACAUAGUUCCUUCUGCUCUGUCUGAAGUUGCUGUGGCAUUUUUCUAAUAAACUUUUUUUCCCCCAUUCCAGAUGCUUAGUGAUGCGAAUGUGACCAUCUCCAUAUUGACAGAUCAGAUCAAUAACCUGGAGCAGAGCACUAACUGUGGUACCACCAGUGCAGCAGAGGGAAUGUGCUCCAGACUGGAGGCUUCUACUCAGCAGCUCCAGGUGGGCUAGCACUGGAGUUUCUGUUUCAAAAUCUAUACAAAUGCAUCAUUCGAUGACAGCAUAAUAAAAGCAAUUCUAUCCCUUUGCAGGCGUCCUUCGUAAGGCUCCAGCUUGUUAUCAAUGGUGCUUCAAAGCCUGGACAUGGGCCCCUGGUCGAAGUUGAAGUAGUAAUGAUACUAAAACUGUUGCCCCUUCUUCCAAAACCCACAAAAAAGAUCUGUAGCAAUGUCAAUAGAUCUACAGUCCAGAUAACUAAUGCGGGUUGGGAUACAAAGGUAUGAAUAAUCACACGGUCAUAAUAGUUUCUAUUUAAUUUUGAACUGCUAUAGUAAACGCAGUUUGCUAAAUUGAGUCAAAACAUUUUCGGUGCUGCUGAAGCUGUUUGCCAAGGAUUACAAAACCCACUUUGAAGCCCUGGUCCAGAAUGACUUGGCUGUAUUUGAGGAGAGGAGACUGCAGGACCUGCUCCUCUGUAGAGCCCAGGCACUCAGUCAAGGUGGCUGAGAACGACUUCCUGGAGUCUGGGACCAGAGACUGUCAGAGCUGCAUACUGUAUGUUGUGAAACUAAUCGUUUUAUAUCAUGGGUUAUCAGAAAAUGAAUAGUGUUUUGGUGAAGCUUGAGGAGCGCCUGGCCACUCACCCAGCAGCGUUGUCAGAGGAGCUGAGGGCGCGAGAGAAGAGCAACGAGGAGCUGAGUGCUCUAAGCAUGGUCCACUCACCUGACUCGUCAGCUGUGGAGAGCUUCCUGGAGCGAGCUGGCCCGGCGCUCUGCCGUGGCACAGGCCAACACACAGGCUCUCCAGGUAGUUAACCCCACCAAUCAUCUCCAGUCUUAGUUACCACAUACAGAAUGUCAAUUGUAUGGUAGGGUUCGAUCAUGAUUUGUGUGUGAAUGUUUUUCCUCUUGCAGGGAUUGCGAGAUGAGCGCCGCGGUCUGCUAAAAGAGCUAGGCGUGGUCCGAGCACAGGCUAACAGUCAGCUGAAAGAAGAGAGGCGUAAGACCUUUACUUUGCUGCAGAUACUGAAGAAUGCCCCAGUCAAGACUGAAGCUGAUCUGCUGAGGGACAACCAGCAACUUGCCCUGCAUUGUCAGCAGUUGGAGAGCGAAAUCAAGGUACCAUUUUAACCCGUUUUUAAUCUCAUGGAUGAUUUCCAUUGUUCUUCUAUCUGAACCCAUGACUAGUUUACAAUGUGUACAUGGUGUGUUUGCAGGAAAUGCAGAUGAGAGUUGAGCAGCUGGAAGAGCACCAGAUCAAAGCUACUAAUAGGGUCUCGAACCACAAACAAGCCACCCAGCUCCUACAAACUGAGCUUCAGGAUGCUUGUGCACAAGUCAAGGAUAGGGAGGGCUCCAUCCAAAUCCUCAAUGAGAAACUCAGAGAGACUGACGUAAAGGUUGGAGCAAGGUGGAAUUUCACCCCUAGUCUUUUAUUUGUAUUUUGUGAGGGAUGUGUUCAUUACUGUAUAAACUGUACAAUACUAUAUAUAUAUAUAUAUAUACACACAUACAGUGGGGGAAAAAAGUAUUUAGUCAGCCACCAAUUGUGCAAGUUCUCCCACUUAAAAAGAUGAGAGACGCCUGUAAUUUUCAUCAUAGGUACACGUCAACUAUGACAGAGAAAAUGAGAAAAAUAAUUCCAGAAAAUCACAUUGUAGGAUUUUUUAUGAAUUUAUUUGCAAAUUAUGGUGGAAAAUAAGUAUUUGGUCAAUAACAAAAGUUUCUCAAUACUUUUAUAUACCCUUUGUUGGCAUUGACACAGGUCAAACGUUUUCUGUAAGUCUUCACAAGGUUUUCACACACUGUUGCUGGUAUUUUGGCCCAUUCCUCCAUGUAGAUCUCCUCUAGAGCAGUGAUGUUUUGGGGCUGUCGCUGGGCAACACAGACUUUCAACUCCCUCCAAAGAUUUUCUAUGGGGUUGAGAUCUGGAGACUGGCUAGGCCACUCCAGGACCUUGAAAUGCUUCUUACGAAGCCACUCCUUCGUUGCCGGGGCGGUGUGUUUGGGAUCAUUGUCAUGCUGAAAGACCCAGCCACGUUUCAUCUUCAAUGCCCUUGCUGAUGGAAGGAGGUUUUCACUCAAAAUCUCACGAUACAUGGCCCCAUUCAUUCUUUCCUUUACACGGAUCAGUCGUCCUAGUCCCUUUGCAGAAAAACAGCCCCAAAGCAUGAUGUUUCCACCCCCAUGCUUCACAGUAGGUAUGGUGUUCUUUGGAUGCAACUCACCAUUCUUUGUCCUCCAAACACAACAAGUUUAGUUUUUACCAAAAAGUUCUAUUUUGGUUUCAUCUGACCAUAUGACAUUCUCCCAAUCCUCUUCUGGAUCAUCCAAAUGCACUCUAGCAAACUUCAGAUGGGCCUGGACAUGUACUGGCUUAAGCAGGGGGACACGUCUGCCACUGCAGGAUUUGAGUCCCUAGCGGCGUAGUGUGUUACUGAUGGUAGGCUUUGUUACUUUGGUCCCAGCUCUCUGCAGGUCAUUCACUAGGUCCCCCCGUGUGGUUCUGGGAUUUUUGCUCACCGUUCUUGUGAUCAUUUUGACCCCACGGGGUGAGAUCUUGCGUGGAGCCCCAGAUCGAGGGAGAUUAUCAGUGGUCUUGUAUGUCUUCCAUUUCCUAAUAAUUGCUCCCACAGUUGAUUUCUUCAAACCAAGCUGCUUACCUAUUGCAGAUUCAGUCUUCCCAGCCUGGUGCAGGUAUACCAUUUUGUUUCUGGUGUCCUUUGACAGCUCUUUGGUCUUGGCCAUAGUGGAGUUUGGAGUGUGACUGUUUGAGGUUGUGGACAGGUGUCUUUUAUACUGAUAACAAGUUCAAACAGGUGCCAUUAAUACAGGUAACGAGUGGAGGACAGAGGAGCCUCUUAAAGAAGAAGUUACAGGUCUGUGAGAGCCAGAAAUCUUGCAUGUUUGUAGGUGACCAAAUACUUAUUUUCCACCAUAAUUUGCAAAUAAAUUCAUUAAAAAUCCUACAAUGUGAUUUUCUGGAUUUUUUUUCUCAAUUUGUCUGUCAUAGUUGACGUGUACCUAUGAUGAAAAUUACAUGCCUCUCUCAUCUUUUUAAGUGGGAGAACUUGCACAACUGGUGGCUGACUAAAUACUUUUUUUCCCCACUGUGUAUAUAUAUAUAUAUAUAUAUAUAUAUACAUAUAUAUAUAUAUAUAUAUAUAUAUAUAUAUAUAUAUAUAUAUAUAUAUAUAUAUAUAUAUAUAUAUAUAUAUACAUAUACACACACAGUGGGGAAAAAAAGUAUUUGAUACACUGCCGAUAUUGCAGGUUUUCCUACUUACAAAGCAUGUAGAGGUCUGUAAUUGUUAUCAUAGGUACACUUCAACUGUGAGAGGCGGGAUCUAAAACAAAAAUCCAGAAAAUCACAUUGUAUGAUUUUUAAGUAAUUAAUUUGCAUUUUAUUGCAUGACAUAAGUAUUUGAUCACCUACCAACCAGUAAGAAUUCCGGCUCUCACAGACCUAUUAGUUUUUCUUUAAGAAGCCCUCCAGUUCUCCACUCAUUACCUGUAUUAACUGCACCUGUUUGAACUCGUUACCUGUAUAAAAGACACCUGUCCACACACUCAAUCAAACAGACUCCAACCUCUCCACAAUGGCCAAGACCAGAGAGCUGUGUAAGGACAUCAGGGAUAAAAUUGUAGACCUGCACAAGGCUGGGAUGGGCUACAGGACAAUAGGCAAGCAGCUUGGUGAGAAGGCAACAACUGUUGGCGCAAUUAUUAGAAAAUGGAAGAAGUUCAAGAUGACGGUCAAUCAACCUCGGUCUGGGGCUCCAUGCAAGAUCUCACCUCGUGGGGCAUCACUGAUCAUGAGGAAGGUGAGGGAUCAGCCCAGAACUACACGGCAGGACCUGGUCAAUGACCUGAAGAGAGCUGGGACCACAGUCUCGAAGAAAACCAUUAGUAACACACUACGCCAUCAUGGAUUAAAAUCCUGCAGCGCACGUAAAGGUCCCCCUGCUCAAGCCAGCGCAUGUCCAGGCCCGUCUGAAGUUUGCCAAUGACCAUCUGGAUGAUCCAGAGGAGGAAUUGGAGAAGGUCAUGUGGUCUGAUGAGACAAAAAUAGAGCUUUUUGGUCUAAACUCCACUCGCCGUGUUUGGAGGAAGAAGAAGGAUGAGUACAACCCCAAGAACACCAUCCCAACCGUGAAGCAUGGAGGUGGAAACAUCAUUCUUUGGGGAUGCUUUUCUGCAAAGGGGACAGGACGACUGCACCGUAUUGAGGGGAGGAUAGAUGGGGCCAUGUAUCACGAGAUCUUGGCCAACAACCUCCUUCCCUCAGUAAGAGCAUUGAAGAUGGGUCGUGGCUGGGUCUUCCAGCAUGACAACGACCCGAAACACACAGCCAGGGCAACUAAGGAGUGGCUCCGUAAGAAGCAUCUGAAGGUCCUGGAGUGGCCUAGCCAGUCUCCAGACCUGAACCCAAUAGAAAAUCUUUGGAGGGAGCUGAAAGUCUGUAUUGCCCAGCGACAGCCCCGAAACCUGAAGGAUCUGGAGAAGGUCUGUAUGGAGGAGUGGGCCAAAAUCCCUGCUGCAGUGUGUGCAAACCUGGUCAAGACCUACAGGAAACGUAUGAUCUCUGUAAUUGCAAACAAAGUUUUCUGUACCAAAUAUUAAGUUCUGCUUUUCUGAUGUAUCAAAUACUUAUGUCAUGCAAUAAAAUGCAAAUGAAUUACUUAAAAAUCAUACAAUGUGAUUUUCUGGAUUUUUGUUUUAGAUUCCGCCUCUCACCGUUGAAGUGUACCUAUGAUAAAAAUUACAGACCUCUACAUGCUUUGUAAGUAGGAAAACCUGCGAAAUCGGCAGUGUAUCAAAUACUUGUUCUCCCCACUGUAUAUAUAUAUAUCUUGGUUGUAGGUUCUGGCCAAGAACAGAGCAUCACCUAGUGCUCUUGAGCUUGAAAAGCUGAAGGCUAAAGUUGUGAAAAUGGAGAUGGAGAUGACUGCAUCGUCCUCUAAACACCAAGAAGAGUAAGGCCUAAUUUGUUUUAAUCAUGAGCUCCUAUGUCAUUUUAAAUGUGUAUUCUUCCUUUGGUUCCAUCUGGUUUGUACCACUGCUGAAUUUGAGCAGGGCUUGAUUAAAGUAUCUCUCCCUGUGUCAUCAUUGGAGAAGAUACAUGUUCAUGACGUUCUGCAUUUGUUGCCCCAAGGUUACUGAGUAUGACCACGGUCCUGAACCACAAGGAGGACACUGAGGACACUGAAGGAGACUCUGAGAAGAUCACAGCAGGAGGGAGAACAGUCAUGUAAGUCUGCCCCAGACAAUAUUAAGAAUAGAAUUUGAGAUGACCACCAAACGACAAGUGAAUAGUUAUGAGCCCAAAUUGAGAUAUGUAAUUAUAUUGCAGUCAUGGGGGGAGAGGAUCUGCAUGCCAGACUGACAACCACCAGAGGACGUACGGUCCAAAGCAACAUUCUCGUUGAAAAUAACAAACUUGAGGAGGAAGUGAAACGGCUACAGAGGAUAAUUUCUGAAUUGGAGAGGUAAAGAUGGAUCUGUAAGAUUACUGUAAUGCUUUGACGUUUCUUGUGAUAUCAUAUCGCUGACAUUCUGCCAUUUCUCUCUGUUUUGACAGCUUUGUGUCCACUCAGCAAGGAGAGAUCACCAAGUGGAAGGCUAGAGCAGUUAAGCUGAAGGGGAAGAGGGACGUGGUAGAAACGCCUCUAUCUCCAUGUACUUCUACAAAACGAAGCAUUCCCAUGAGUUCUGAGGACGUCAACUCUCCCAUGAAGUUCCUUCACUCUCCCAUGAAGUUCCUCGACUCGCCCAAGAGCAAGUUUUUUUAUGUCCAUCCAGGCUCUGAAUCAAUGUCGAUUAAUUGUCCCAAGCAGUUUUUUGAUAACUCCAACCUUGGAACCAUUCAAGGUAACUACAGUCAAAUUUACCUGAGUUUACCUUACAUUUUAAGUUUGUAUCCGGUCUUUUAACGGCAGUUGGCCUUAAUGAUAUUACAUGUUUUACCAGAGGUUGUGUGUAUUCCCAUAACAUCAGAUAUGGAGGCUGCUGGAAGUGCAGAAGCGGGUAAUUGGUGUAAUGUUAUCCCCUGUGUUUGGAAUAAAAUGGUGGCGUUAUUAUUAAUUGGAGCACAAACACCUUCUCUUCUGGCAGUUAAUGUCACUUGUCACAUACUGGUUAAAUGGAGUGAGGUACUGUGUAAUAGGGGUUGGUAACAAAAGUUUGAUAGCACUUCAUCACUGAUUGUCUCUAACACUUCCUCCAUCUUUGGAAUUUUUACCUAUACCCAGUGUUUCCUCUAGGAGCUUUGUUCAGCAGCGGUGGCAAAGGUAUCGGGGGGGGGGGGGGGGGGGUCUCUUCGCUGCAGGGGUCUGGGCGCAAGCCCCCCGGGAUAUUAUUUUCAAAAAUUGGAACGACUGAGAAGGUCACUUCUGGUGACUUUAAAUAAAUAUAUAUUUACUCCAAAAUGCAUAAAAAUUAAUUGGUGCGUGCCACUGCACUGUAGGGAGAUGAGGAGCAAGUGGUGGCUAUGCGCUCGUGGCUCUCAUUCGCGCAACUGCUCGCUCUGUUUGCUUCAAAUAUAUGUUAUAAGUUGUCACACUGAUCUUAAAGGGAUAGUGCGAGAUUUCGGCAAUUAAGCACUUUUUAUACUUACCCAGUUCAUGGUAUCCAUGAACUCAUGGAUACCACUUUUAUGUCUAUGCAUGCAGUUUGAAGGACAUUGCUAACUAGCGUUAGCACAAUGACUGGAAUUCUAUGGGAACAACAUCCAGUCAUUUAGCAUCCAGUCAUUGAGCAAAGGCUAGUUAGCAACUUCCUUCAAACUGCAUGCAGACUGCAAAGACAUAGAAAUAGUAUCCGAGUUCAUAUGACUUUGGGUAAGUAGAAAAGGUGCUUAAUUGACUAUCUCGCACUAUCCAAGUGCGUGUCGGCAUAUAUUUAUUUUUUGUAUUUGUUUUGAGGUGGGGGGCAGUGGCAGCAACAGAAAUGAAUAUAGGGGAAACACUGCUAUACCAGGCUAGCUUUGGUUUUGCAUGGUGGUUUGUUAGCUUUUGUAUUGUUUUGGCUGAUUUGGUCUUUAUUUUCUCUUUUCAGAUGCAACUGUAGAUAAAAGGGAGGAAUGGUGGCCUCUGUCACCAAAGCAAGCUGAUUUAUGCAAACAACAAUAAAUUAUUUACCUAAAUUGCACUAAUUGUUGUCUGUCAAUUUUUCAAUAUUUAAAAUGUUUAAUGUUUUUAAAUUGUAGUUGUCGUCAGUUAAUUUUAACAUUGUGAUCAAUUUGAUUGUCUUAUAGUUGUUUAAAAUAAAGAGCAGUUUUUUAUAAGAC